AUGCGUAAUGUUGCAAUAAUAACUCAACCUGUAAUACAACAAUUUGUUCCACCCCCAAUACAAGAGGUAUCUCCAUUUUCAUCAAUUGACUGGAGUCUAAUAAAAGAACUUGAUCCUGAUGUAAUUCGUCGAAAUAAAGAUUCAUCAAAAGUUAAAGACUUUAUCUCUGCUUUCCAAACUUUCACCAUUAAUCAAUCUGAUACUAAAUCUUUUAAUAAUCCACUCUCUGCAAGACUAUUUUGCUUACUUCAAGUUAGUAUUGAUUAUCUGUUUCAUCAACAUCAUCAGCUGAUCAAAAUGGUAGAGAAAAAGAAUGCAAAAUACAAUAGGCUUUCCAAGAAAUACAAAAUUUUAGAAGAAUCAUAUCAAAAAUCCAAAGAAUUAAUCGAAUCUUUAAGAGGAUCCCACGAAACAUGUCCUGUCUGCCAACGUAGAUUUAAAGGUACUGUGUAUCUUGAUAAUCAUUUUAGGAGAAAACAUCCUGAUUUAGUCCCUGCUUGGAAUUCAAUUCGAACUCAAACGCCAAUACAAACACCAAACGUAGAAGAGUUACUUAAAGAAAUCAAAAAACUCAAAGAAGCUCAAAUAACUCAGCAAAAUACCCCAUAUAUUGUUCAAAAUACUCAACCAAUAAAACAAGCGCCUCAAAUCAUUACUUACAAUCAAAUUCAGCCAAAGCAAGAGAUACAACAGCAAAAGGUACAAACUCAGCCAAUUUCUUCAACUCCAAGUGAAGAAAAAUUAAAUCCAUUUGCUUUAUUUGCUCCAAGUGACACUUCUACGAGUAGUGGAGAGCAACAUGUUACUAAGAAACGUGAUCCGCUCAACCAGAGGCAAGAUAUUCCAAAAGAAGAGCCUCCAAAAGAAAAGCCAAAGAUAGAAAUCACAAAACCGGCCACGGUUGUCAAUACUAAGCCCGAAAGUGACUCGGAUGAAUUGUCCCUCCCUGAAAUUGAAGACAAAAAAGAAAAUAUCAUCCAUCCUAUUACAAAUCUCGUUCCCCCUCCUCAAGAACAGGAUGAUAUUGUUCCUCCAUCAUUUGUUCCUGCUAAUAAGCCAAAGAAUCAGAUAGCAACUCUAAAUAAAGCAAGAGUUUUUGUAGAUAAAGAAAAAUCUGCAAAAGCUAAUAUGGGAACAUCAGAGUUUGAACGCGAAAUCGAUGUUGUCAGUGAACAAAUCAGACGAAAAGUUGCUGAAAGGCUUCAAAAAGAGAAGGAAUCAAUGCAAUUUCAGAAGAAACCUCAAGAUUUACCUCCUAAAGAUGAAUCUCCAAAGAAACAACCACCUAAACCGACCAUAUAUGUCCAACCUGAUGAGGAUAUCCAUAGAAACAGCUCUUCUGAAGAAGGGGAAUUUUCAUAUGAAUCAAAUCCAUUUGAAACUGACUAUGAUCAGCAAGAAAACAGUUUCGCUAUUGAAGACUUCGUAACAGAAGAAGAGGAGCCAGGAGAAAUCCCAGAAAGUGACCAUGAUGAAGAAGAUAAUCCGUUUGUCGUUGAUAAAUCAGGAACAUCUGUUAAUGAAAGUAAUCCAUUCAUGGUAGAGAGUUCAUCAGAAGCAAUUCCACCAACAAUCAACAAUCCACCACCUCAAAUUCGAAAUAAUUAUUCCAGACCUAAACAAUCUCCACCAAAGCCAGAGGUUAAUAGUAAUUACAGAGGAUUGGAAGUAUCGAGUAGUUUGUUUGAUGACGAAUCUUCAACAUUCCUUGCAGAAAAAGCGAAACUUCUUCCUCCACAAAAAAUGCAAAUGGCACCACCUCCAAAACGUCGUCUUUUGCAACUAGACAUACCUGACGAAGACAAGGAUGACGACAGCACUCCUCCUCCACCUCCUCCUGCUGGAUUAAUGCCAAGACCAGCUGGAAUUGCAAGAGCUGAAGCAGCAAGAAAAGAUAAUCCGAAAUUGAAAGGUUUCUUUACAGAAAAUGACUUUUUAGAUGACUAA